AUGAGUAGACGGCAAGGAUUCGGUGGCACACUGCGAGCCAAGCAGGAGCCUAAAGAGACCGAACAACUGAGUUCCAAUGACAAGGUGGAGAGGGCAUCAUUGGCCUUCCUAGCUCAGCUCUCUGUCGAGGAGGAACGCAAGCAAGUUCGUGAAGAACUCAAGCAGAUGCCUCUGCUGUCGCCUUGGAUCAACUACAAGGCCUACGAGCCAUCGUUCACCGAUGAACUCAAUUGCGAGCUAGCUCAACAUGUCGAAGAGCAAGUGCUCGAUAAGUUAGUAGCUCUACAAGAACGGCUGGAAAGACUGCAGGCACAACGCGAAUGCUCCGGUGUAUUACCAAUCUCCACGCGAGACACGUUGCUGCAGAGUCGCUUGGUCGUUGAAGCCAAGCGCAAGGUGAUCCCUGCACAAAUCGCUGAAAACACUGUAGCAGCAAUGCGAGCUGCCAGCUUGCACUUAUCACUACAACAAGCCACCACUCUGUCAACUGCGAAGACUUUAAGCAGACGUCGCUCAAACUCAGUGUUUGCUGCUAAUAGCAACAAUAUACCAAGAAACCCUCGAGUAAAAGCGAGCAGUAUCAUCUCACCCAGAUCACGUGCUAUUGCCGACGACAUCGAUGUGUAUCGGAGGCGGCAUCGAAAGAGUUCCACGAAAGAUUAUGGUCUGGAUAGCAACAUUGACCAAGGCGGUAUUAACGAUGUCAGACCAUCUUCUCAGCCGCUGUUGUGCGUCCAAUUUCCAACAUAUAGCGAGGAUAUGACUUCGAAUGGAAAGGAGGAGGAUGAAGAGCUGCGAGCAAUACGCUUUCGCUCACGUCCAGUGACGUCUUCUGCGAUAGAAGACGUCGCUAUAGUCGCUUCAAAGCGCGAACCACUGGAGCCACGUGUGCGCUACAUCAUGUCCACUCGCCUUGGAGUGUUGCCUCCUACGAAGCGCAUCUUGGACGAGUAUCCGAUCCCCAAAGAAGUUCUGGACGCGCUAGAACGACAUCGACACUUCCACGUAGACGAUUCGUCUCCUCUGACUGCGUUUGAGCCCAUCCAACUGCCUCCCCCUACUCCAACAGCCAAUGCCGAGUGGGAAUGCUUCUACAGACACUCAAUCCCAUUAGAACGCUCGCCAGUGUCGUUUGUGCUGGCUUCCCUUGCAGUGGCUCCAGAGAGACCGCUCCCAACUCCCAGCGACUUGUUUCACCAGCACCAACUCACCGCUGCUGCAACAGACGACUCGAUUUUACUGCAUGAGGUACGGCAGCUAUACAACAGCACUCACGACGCUCAUCUUGACUUUCGAGCGGAGUUACAUCGCCAUCUUGACCUCCAGUAUCUUGUCGAUCUCUCGUUUCGUAGUUCGUUGACCACGUCAAGUUACUUUGUUGACGAUGAAGACAGUGAAGAAUCAGGAGGAAAUGUACAACCAAGUGUACAGAUUCCCACUCAAUUACGUCGUCAACGUGUGGUUAGCACUGCAGAAGGCGACACUGGUGCUUCUACUAAGUGGAAAUUCCUGCAAAACGGUGUUCAUCGCAUAACCAACCGACGUGGGGCGAUCUCUAUAACCACGAAAAGCGAGGCUACAGUUCGAGCACAACGCAAUGACCUCCUUGUCAAGCUAUGCACGUUAACUCCACAGGACGUCGAGUUCCUCUCGCUGUGGUAUGGCUACAGUCCAGAAGCAGAAGCGGAAGCUAUCGCAACAGCCGACACUGAAGACGGCGAAGGAGGCUUACGAUUGGACCCAGUACCCAUGAGUCCACACUGGAGCAUUCGUUUUGAGCUGGCAUGGAAGCAGUUGGCGCUAUCGACUACUGAGCGACUGGAUCUCGCGAUCAAAUACUCGUCAGUUGGGUAUUCAACUCGACUUCCGGAUGCUGUAGUUCUGUGGGAAACAGCAUGUGCUCUUAUCACAGAGCAUGAAGACUUGCUACGUUUGAUGCGAUCGACUAUCACAGGACCGCGUAGACACGCUGCGGUCAGUCUUGCCGAAGACUCAGCGAUGCUGCAGGCACUUAUCGCAAGUGCCGCUCACGUCCGCGAAAUCCUUUUGCUCACAUACGUCGAAGUCGGGGACUUUGUGACGUAUCAAGGCAAUUUCUACUUGACCAAAAUGGAGCACGACGCCACCGAGAUCCGGAGACUAAUGGAAGAAGGCAACGACGCCAAAACCAACCAGCGCCAACCUUCAGCAUAG